GAACAUCAUGACAACAGAGAAGAGUUUAGUGGUUGAAGCUGAGAAUUCUCAGCACCAACAACAGAAGGAAGAAGGUGAGGGAGCCACAAACUCAGGCCAACAAGAAACUCAGCUAGAAGAGGCUUCCCAACUGGCAGCUGAGGGCAGUAAUCAGUGUGAGCAGAAGCUGAAAGCAUCCAAUGGGGACACUCCGACACAUGAAGACUUGACCAAGAACAAGGAACGGACGUCAGAAAGCAGAGGCCUGUCACGACUGCUCUCCUCAUUCCUCAAAAGGCCCAAGUCCCAGGUUUCUGAAGAAGAAGGCAGAGAAGCAGAGUCAGAUAAAGAAAAAGGUGAAGGAGGUCAAAAGGAGAUAGAGUUUGGAACGAGCCUUGAUGAAGACAUCAUUUUAAAGGCUCCUAUUGCAGCUCCUGAACCUGAACUCAAAACAGACCCAUCUUUGGAUCUUCAUUCAUUAAGCAGCAUAGAAACACAGCCAGCUCAGGAAGAACACAGAGAGGAUCCAGAGUCUGAAAGGAAGGAAGGGGAAGGGAUUGAAGAGUGCUCCAGGGCACGAGUGAAGGAGGACCCAGAGUCAAAAGCAGAGAGAGAGCCAGAGGCUUCACAGAGGCCCAUCAGGAGACACAGAGACAUGCACUGCAAGGUUUCCCUGUUGGACGACACAAUCUAUGAGUGUGUGGUGGAGAAACAUGCUAAGGGACAGGAUUUGCUUAAGCGAGUUUGUGAGCACCUCAAUCUGUUGGAAGAGGACUACUUUGGUUUAGCUAUUUGGGAUAGUGCAACCUCUAAGACAUGGCUGGAUUCUGCCAAAGAAAUAAAAAAACAGGUUCGAGGUGUUCCUUGGAAUUUUACAUUUAAUGUGAAGUUUUAUCCACCUGACCCAGCACAGUUGACUGAAGACAUAACAAGAUACUAUUUAUGUCUUCAGCUCCGGCAGGACAUCGUUGCUGGACGGCUACCCUGUUCCUUUGCAACCUUAGCCCUACUCGGCUCUUACACCAUCCAGUCUGAACUGGGAGACUAUGACCCAGAACUGCAUGGUGUGGAUUAUGUCAGUGAUUUUAAACUGGCUCCAAAUCAGACCAAGGAACUUGAAGAUAAGGUCAUGGAAUUGCAUAAAUCAUACAGGUCCAUGACUCCAGCUCAGGCUGACUUGGAAUUUCUUGAGAAUGCCAAAAAGUUGUCCAUGUAUGGAGUUGAUCUUCACAAAGCAAAGGACUUGGAGGGAGUGGAUAUUAUCCUAGGAGUCUGCUCUAGUGGCCUUUUGGUUUACAAAGAUAAGUUGAGAAUUAACCGUUUUCCUUGGCCCAAAGUGCUAAAAAUUUCUUACAAACGUAGCAGCUUCUUCAUCAAGAUCCGACCUGGAGAGCAAGAGCAAUAUGAAAGUACCAUUGGCUUCAAGCUUCCCAGUUACCGAGCAGCUAAGAAACUAUGGAAAGUCUGUGUGGAGCAUCACACGUUUUUCAGACUGACUUCUACAGAUACCAUUCCCAAAAGUAAAUUUCUUGCCCUGGGAUCUAAGUUUCGAUACAGUGGCCGGACUCAAGCGCAGACCAGGCAAGCCAGUGCUCUGAUUGACAGGCCUGCUCCGCACUUUGAGCGGACAGCAAGCAAACGAGCAUCCCGGAGCCUUGACGGAGCAGCAGCUGCUGAGUCCACAGACCGGAGUCCUCGGCCCACCUCUGCACCAGCCAUUGCUCAGAGUCAGGUCACAGAAGGGCCCGGGGCCCCUGUCAAAAAGACACAGAAGGAGGCUGCGAAGGCUGAAGUGAGAGGGGAGGAGGAGCCAGCUGAGCCAGCGGAGCCGGAGCCCACAGAGGCCUGGAAGGUGGAAAAAACCCACAUGGAGGUCACAGUACCGACCUCAAACGGUGACCAAACACAGAAGCCUGCAGAAAAAACUGAAGAUCUGAUAAGAAUGAGGAAGAAAAAGAGAGAGAGACUAGAUGGUGAAAACAUUUAUAUCAGACAUAGCAAUUUAAUGUUGGAGGAUUUAGACAAGAGUCAAGAAGAAAUCAAAAAGCAUCAUGCCAGCAUCAGUGAACUAAAAAAGAACUUUAUGGAAUCGGUACCCGAGCCACGGCCUAGCGAGUGGGACAAGCGCUUAUCCACACACUCGCCCUUCCGAACUCUUAACAUCAACGGGCAAGUCCCUACUGGAGAUGGAGUGAAGAAAACUUCCACCCUCCCCUCGGAAAGAAAGGUUGGUGGGCCAGAGACACAGGAACGUGCUCUGUUAGUACAGGGUGAAGAGAAAACUAAAAGGCCAGAGAGACCCACUGAGAGAACCUUGCCCCAGCAAGAAAAUGAAGAGAUUCCUCCCAAGGUUUCUAUUCCAAUCCCCGAGGAACACAAGGCUCUCAAAAAGUGCCACCUCUACUCUAGUACUUUCCCGUCUCCUCGUAUUCCUUUCAUGAUGUCUUUUCUCCUGGUCCUUGCACUGGCGGUUUGGUGGUUGAUCUUUCUAUGAUUGGAAAGCAGGGUACUCAUCUGACACAUCAAGACUAAAACCAUUGAACUCGUAUCUAUGGCGUCAAAUGUGUAAUAAUCUACAUCAUGCCUCUGGUCUUGAUAGUUCACUGUUAUAGGGACCUUUUGUGGUGGUGUUUCCUGUCAAUAAUCAAAUGUGGAUCUUUGGAGAGUAUACAUUGUGAGGAAAAAGGAGUAGCAAUGGAUCGUCCAAGCCAGCACUCCUGCCCUAAAGUCAACACAUUUAGGCAAAUCAGAUUGAGGUGCGUGGCAGGUAGUCCUCACCCAAAAGCUCCCCUGCAUGCUCUUACUGUUGACUGUUGCUGUGUCCUCUUUUCCAGUGUCUCACAGAGGCUGGAACACGCUGAAAACAUUUGAUGGACUAUUUCCCCAGUCUUCUAUAGCCAUUUAUGUGGCAUGGGCUCCAUAGUUUAAGAAGAAAUUCAACUUCCCAACCUUUCAAAAGCCUUAAAAUGAUCAUUUUAAUCCAAAAAUCCAUAACCACUCCUUUUCUUAGAGUAUCAAAUCAGUACAUACAAAGGCCUUUCUGGAGGGGCUGUGACACCUGUGGCCUUUUUCUCAGUGUUUAUGAGCUGCACAGGAUAGACCACUGUAUCUAAAAGAAUCACUUAGCGGUUAAAAUACUGUCUUUUCAUACAUAGAGUUGAUUUAGUUUAGGGAAAUGGUGCUGGUGUCCCUUGGCCUCCAACCAGGGCUGAAAAUUUCAGACUACCUACCUUUAAAAGUCCUGGAAUACAGAUUAACUCAAGAUCUGUAUAUAAACACACUUUUCUCUAAAUUAAAAUACUAUUAUUUCCUUAUAGCUUAAGUAGUUAAUGCUGGAAGCUAUUAUAAUAAUAAGCUUAAAAGAUACUUUGUUUCCUUGUACUUUAGACUUGUUCUCACACUUGUGUUGAAAUCAAUUGUUUCUAAUCAAUAGCCUUGUGAUCUAAGCUUCUAUUGUGACACGUGUCUGGUUUGCAUGUGGAUAAUGAGGCUUCCCUGAAGUAACGGUGAACACAACCUCCUCAGAGAACCACUUGAAUGCCUACACGGUGGUUUUUCACCUUACUAUUAACUUGCAUGGUGUCGCUUGCUUUCUAUGGCAUUUGGACACAACAAUCUGGACAAAUUGUUAACUUCUCAAACUCUGUUUCAGACUCUGAGUCACUAGGGUCGUCGCAUUGAGACUAUAUUUUGUAUUACUUCUUAGUGAUUUUUGGUCGAUGAAAUUUCUAAAGAUGGCUUUUGCCUUUGAAAUGACGGAGGGGGAGGGAGAACGAGAAAGACCAAGAUUCUUGUUGUACUUCAGUGUUCACUAGUAUUGAGCUGUUGUCUUGACAGACAUGAUUAUCUGAUAUUUACUGAAAACUGCUUUGAUACUCUGUCAUUAUUGGAGUUUUAAAAAACUAGAAAAAGAACCAAGGACCAGGCUAUAUUUAAAAAAAAAAAAGCAAACAAACUGGAUGUAUAUGGUUUGUGUCACAAAUUAUGUCUGUUCAUAGCAAAUAUUUUGUAAAUAAGUAUAUUUAUUGAUUCACUCAUAAGAAAAGAGGAAUUGCCAAGCCACCUGAAGUACUGCAAAGCUGCUUUUCAAGGCAGAAUGUGAUCAUCAUAAGUAUAACCCUUUAUCUGUGAAACAGAUGUAAUUUCCUUAAUGAACUAGCAAAUGAAACUAGUGUUGGUUAUGUUACUGUAAGCCUUUUUUUAGGAAUUAAAAGGAAGAUAAUCUUAAAAUUUUAUCAGUACUUUUGUAACUUUCAAAUUAUAUUUCCUAAAGUUCCAGUUUUCAUCAUUGUACACAACUUUUUAUUAAUUAUUGUAAGCAUCACCCUGAAUUUUGUUUCCUUUUAUAUUGGAAUUAUUUCAAAUCCAUUAAAAGUUUAGUGUGAGCCAAUGGUGCUGUUUUGUGUUCUCAAGUGUAGCAAGGACCCUCAGAGAUCUUUGCUGACAAAUAAGCCAUUUCUUAUUCGUAAAGCUGCUAAGAGGAGGAUGCCAAGCCCUUAUAGUGAACAAAGCUGACCAACACAGUUAUCAGAGGACAAGCAUUGGCUGUUCCAGCCCUGUAUGAUCUCAGGCUGUCAAUAUUUGUAACAUGAAGCUGCAAAUAGCAUUGCUGUCUUUCCCCCACUCCACUCUGUUCUCAGUACCAUGGGCGUUCUAGUUUCUGGGUAUCGCUUCACCCUGGGUCAGCUUUUUAAUGGCAGAUCCAUAAGUAAUUUGGACUAAGGGUGUCUAUACUGACCUGUGUAAAGUCUUGGGUUUGUGCCUUGUUUUCCCAUGGGUCAUUUCCAGAAAGUCACUUAACUAUUUGGUGUUCAUGUUUCUGGCUAGUACCUUACGGACAGAUCUACCUCCUGAGGAUGAACCUGUGGCAUGGUUCUGUCCCUGGUCUUUGAGGGGCUAGGAAGAUAGAAUGCAAGGAAAAGGCAGACACAUGUGAACCUCUUGAGAUUCUUAUUUCUGGAAGUAAGCAAACCACCAUGUUUAUUUCUGGCUGCUUCUGGUUGAUAUUUGACUAGGCACUUAAAACUAGUGAAGUUAAAAAUGCCUUUCCAAAUUUAUCCAUCUCUUAAUAAAUUCAGAUGGUAUUCUUCAAGUAGAGUGUACUUGGGAGCUUCUAUAUUUUACCUGUUUUUUUUUUAAGAUGUUUACUUAUAGCUAGCAUUUGUAGUAUGAAGUAGAUUCCAUUUGCAAGUUUGCAACUCUGUUUACAUUGUUAGCAGAAACUUUAAGGGGACUGACUGUUGAUCAAGAGCUGACUGGAGUCAGCCGGGCGGUGGUGGUGCACGCCUUUAAUCCCAGCACUCGGGAGGCAGAGGCAGGCGGAUCUCUGUGAGUUCGAGGCCUGGCUGGACCGACAGCCUCUAAAACAAUACAGAGAAACCCUGCCUCGUAAAAACCAAAAAAACAAACAAACAAACAAACAAAAAAACAAAACAAAAAAAAGACUAGACUGGAGUCAUCUCUGGAGCUAUCCUGUUGUCACCAAAGGUCUUAGGGGCUUCAAAGUCACUUCUAUGAAUAAACCCAUGGGACACUCUAUACCUUGCAGAUUCAGUUGUUUUUAGAGGUUAUUACCAAUAAGAAUGCAUGCUUACACUUCACCUCGAGUCAUCUAUUUAGAAAAGACAAAGCCACAGUAAACUGCUGUCUCACUGUUGCUCCACAGACCUCUACACAGCUGCCCUCCUUCCCUUUUACACUUUAUUCAGAUGAUAAAUCUUGAGCUUUACAGUAUUCUCCACAUAGAAACUUGACUUUUUUAUUGCACCCUAACUACCCACUCCCCUUUUAUUCUCUGUUUUGUACACUUUGUGGGACUCUUUCAGCUGCCUCCUCUACACCUCUCUGUAGUGUUAGUGACAGCCUGCUGCUGUCACCUUCCAUGCCCUAGAAUCCCCUUGUCCUACAGCAGAUAGAGAAAUCCAUGGUGCUGGAAUAGGAAAAGGCAGCUGUGUGGUUAUAAAGAUCUGCACUUGGGCUUAGGCUAGGAGAGGACAAUGGUGCCUGUCAUCCCCAGGGGGAUUUUAUUUGGUAAAUCAAAUUCCUGUCACAACAGCUCCUUAUUUCCACAGGUCAGAAAUCCAGGCUAAAAAUGAAAUAACUUUAAUAAUAGUUUUAGUGUGUGCAUACAUGGCAGUUUAUUGAAAAGUUUUUCCUCAUCUUUUGUGACUAAUAUCCUAGGUGAUUACAGUGUCCUUUCAUUUACUAUACUUAAAUCCUCUUUGGGGUAAAUAAUAGAUAAGUCUGAGAUUAAAAAGAGGGAAGAGUAUAGAAUACCAGCUAUCUUUCCUGGUCCCUAGAUCAGUAAAAGCAGUUAGCCUCUCCUUUCCUUCUCUGCUGUCUCUUUAAAGAAAAGAGUAUAUCUCUCAGUCGCAGAGUGUGUGCUUGGCAUUCAUGAGACCCUGAUUUGAUCCCCAGGACAAUGAAAAACAGAGAAAGGGAACUGGGGAGGAGAAGGGGAAAGGAAAGAGAAAUGAGGCGAAAACAUGAUACUUCCUGUACUCUCUGUGCAUUGCAAGGAUACAGAAAGACAGUAAUCCAAGCUUUAGGGUCUGACAAGAUCUUAAUUUAACCCCUCUCCCCUCCAGCAUUUGACUCUUCCAUAGAGUCAUUUAGAGAACUGGAAACUAGGAUUUCAGCUUGUGCUUCAAUAUCUCCCAAGAUAGAUGAUCAUGUUUUUUUUGGACAGCAGAAGGAUUGUUUAAGUAAGUCACUCUUACAUUAAGUUGGACUGUAAAUCUUAAAUCCCGGGAUUGUAAAGAGUUUCUUUGAGUUGGAUGUGGUUGUGCAGAGACCUUUAGGAGGCUGAGGCAGGGGAGCUAGUUGAGGCCAGACAAGAUUACACAGUAAGACCUUGUUUCAAAAAAGAAAGAGAAAGACUUUUCUGGCCUCUACAUCAAAGUUCUUGUUAAAGUUAAAGGCAGCUCUCUUGUGGAGUUAAUCUUAGUCCUCGCCCCCUAGGGUUGCUGUCUGGGUUGAAGGUGAACUCUUGGUUUGUUCUUCUUUGUUUGCCAUCUGUCAACUCUGUACCCCAGGUACCACCUUGCCUUGUAAAUAACAAAUAAUCAGUUUGUUAACUAAAUUACUAAUAACAGAUGGCAAUGAAUAAACACUAACUUUUAUAUCGA